UAGAACACAGCUUGUUUGAAUAUCGAUAAAGAAAAGCCUCACUUGAUGCUCCAGAAGGAUGUGAGACCAUGUCAUAAGUGCAGUGGUGGUGCAAUGAGAUUCUUCCUGAAUGGACCCAAGAGGUAGUAGCUCCCCUGCGCUGCAUUGUAACACACGCCAGUACACAAGGGUCUGGAUCCCUGACCCCGAUGAUGUGUGGCGCUCCGCUGAAUUAACCAAGGACUACAAGGAGGGGGACAAGAGCCUCCAGCUCCGACUGGAAGAUGAAACUAUUCAGGAGUACCCCAUCGAUGUCCAAAGCAACCAACUUCCCUUCCUGCGGAAUCCAGAUAUCCUGGUGGGAGAAAAUGACCUAACUGCCCUUAGCUAUCUCCAUGAGCCUGCAGUUUUGCAUAAUUUAAAGGUCCGCUUCCUGGAGUCCAACCAUAUCUACACUUACUGUGGUAUCGUGCUUGUUGCCAUUAAUCCUUAUGAUCAGUUGCCAAUCUACGGUCAAGAUGUCAUCUAUGCCUACAGUGGCCAGAACAUGGGGGAUAUGGACCCCCACAUCUUUGCUGUGGCAGAGGAAGCCUACAAACAGAUGGCCAGAGACGAGAAGAACCAGUCCAUCAUAGUCAGCGGGGAGUCUGGAGCUGGCAAGACGGUGUCGGCCAAGUAUGCCAUGCGCUACUUCACCACGGUCAGUGGCUCGGCCAGUGACACCAACAUCGAAGAGAAGGUCCUGGCAUCCAGUCCCAUCAUGGAGGCCAUCGGGAAUGCUAAAACCACCCGCAAUGACAACAGCAGCCGUUUCGGAAAGUACAUUCAGAUCGGCUUUGACAAGAGGUACCGCAUCAUCGGCGCCAACAUGAGGACCUACCUGUUGGAGAAGUCCAGAGUGGUCUUUCAGGCAGACGACGAGAGGAAUUACCACAUCUUUUACCAGCUCUGUGCGGCUGCCAGUCUUCCGGAAUUUAAGGAGCUGGCGCUAACCUGUGCCGAGGACUUCUUCUACACGUCACAGGGAGGAAACACGGUCAUCGAGGGUGUGGAUGAUGCUGAGGACUUUGAGAAGACUCGACAAGCCUUCACGCUCGUCGGCGUGAGAGAGUCCCAUCAGAUAAGCAUUUUUAAGAUAAUUGCUUCCAUCCUGCACCUUGGAAAUGUGGAGAUUCAAGCCGAGCGCGAUGCUGAAUCCUGUAGAGUGUCACCUGAGGAUGAACACCUGAGCGACUUCUGCCGCCUGCUGGGCGUGGAGCGCAGUCAGAUGGAGCACUGGCUGUGCCAUCGCAAGCUGGUCACCACCUCGGAGACCUAUGUCAAGACCAUGUCCCUGCAGCAGGUGGUCAACGCACGCGACGCCCUGGCCAAGCACAUCUACGCCCAGCUGUUCCACUGGAUCGUGGAGCACGUCAACAAGGCCCUGCACACCUCCCUCAAGCAGCACUCCUUCAUUGGAGUCCUGGACAUCUACGGGUUUGAGACGUUUGAGGUGAACAGCUUCGAGCAGUUCUGUAUCAACUACGCCAAUGAGAAGCUCCAGCAGCAAUUCAACUCGCACGUAUUCAAGCUGGAGCAGGAGGAGUACAUGAAGGAGCAGAUCCCCUGGACCCUGAUAGAUUUCUACGAUAACCAACCUUGUAUUGACCUCAUAGAAGCUAAGCUGGGCAUCUUGGACCUGUUGGAUGAAGAAUGUAAGGUCCCCAAAGGAACCGACCAGAACUGGACUCAGAAGCUCUACGACAGGCACUCUGGCAGCCAGCACUUCCAGAAACCCCGCAUGUCCAACAAGGCCUUCAUUGUCAUCCACUUUGCAGAUAAGGUGGAGUACCUUUCAGAUGGUUUUCUGGAGAAAAACAGAGACACCGUGUAUGAAGAACAGAUCAACAUCCUGAAGGCCAGCAAGUUCCCGCUGGUGGCUGACUUGUUCCAUGAUGGCAAAGACUCUGCUCCUGCCACCACCACUUCUUCUAGGAUCAAUAUUCGCUCCUCCAGACCCGCCAUGAAAGCCUCCAACAAGGAGCACAAGAAAACCGUGGGUUACCAGUUCCGGUCCUCCCUGCACCUGCUCAUGGAGACGCUGAACGCCACGACGCCGCACUACGUCCGCUGCAUCAAGCCCAACGAUGAGAAGCUGCCCUUCCAUUUUAACCCAAAGAGAGCGGUGCAGCAGCUCCGAGCCUGUGGCGUGUUGGAGACCAUCCGGAUCAGCGCAGCCGGCUACCCGUCCAGGUGGUCCUACCAUGACUUCUUCAACCGGUAUCGGGUGCUGGUCAAGAAGAGAGACCUCGCCAACGCAGACAAAAAAGCCAUGUGCAGGUCUGUGCUGGAGAGCCUCAUCAAGGAUCCUGACAAGUUCCAGUUUGGCCGCACCAAGAUCUUCUUCCGGGCGGGCCAGGUGGCCUACCUGGAGAAGCUUCGGGCUGACAAGUUCCGGGCGGCCACCAUCAUGAUCCAGAAAACCGUGCGGGGCUGGCUGCAGAAGGUGAAGUACCGCAGGUUGAAGGGAGCGAGCUUAACUCUGCAGAGGUACUGCCGAGGAUACCUGGCCCGCAGACUGGCCGAGCGUCUACGGAGGAGCCGGGCGGCCGUGGUGCUCCAGAAGCAGUACCGCAUGCAGAGGGCCCGCCAGGCCUACCAGAGGGUACGCAGGGCUGCCGGCAUCAUCCAGGCCUUCGCUCGGGGCAUGUUCGUGCGGAGAAUCUACCACCAGGUCCUCAGGGAACACAAGGCCACCGUCAUCCAGAAGCACGUGCGGGGCUGGAUGGCUCGCAGGCACUUCCAGCGGCUGCGGGGCGCGGCCGUUGUCAUCCAGUGCGGCUUCCGGAGGCUCAAGGCCAAGCAGGAGCUGAAGGCCCUCAAGAUCGAAGCUCGCUCGGCGGAGCACCUGAAACGCCUCAACGUGGGCAUGGAGAACAAGAUAGUCCAGCUGCAGCGGAAGAUCGAUGACCAGAACAAAGAGUUAAAGACGCUGUCAGAGCAGCUGUCAGCAGUCACCUCCGCACACGACAUGGAGGUGGAGAAGCUGAAGAAGGAGCUGGCCUGCUACCAGCAGAACCAGGGUGAGGACAGUGGCCCACAGCUGCAGGAGGAGGUGGAGAGCCUGCGGACCGAGCUGCAGAGGGCCCACUCGGAGCGCAAGGUCCUGGAGGACACCCACAUCCGGGAGAAGGAUGAGCUGAGGAAGCAGUGCGAGAGCCUCCUCUCUCUGUGUAGGAGCCCAGCCCAGCGAGCGGAGUUCCAGACAGCCCGUCCCCUGGCCGCCUGGGAGAGCCCGGAUCCAGGCCUGGCCCAGACAGCCUGCUCCUCCUGCCUGUCGACUGGAGCCGGGACCACGCUGCCCUGGGCUCUGCCGUGGGAGGGGCCGUUGAAUAAACUCGUCAAGUAUCUGCGUCCUGAGCUUGUCGUGGGCGGCCUCUUCACCGGUGAUGAUUUUGCCCAGAAGUCUGUCAAGGAAAACCUCGUGAUGAAGAAGGAGCUGGAGGAGGAGCGCUCCCGGCAUCAGAACCUCGUGAAGGAGUAUUCCCGGCUGGAGCAGAGAUACGACAACCUUCGGGACGAGAUGACCAUCCUAAAGCAAACCCCAGGCCACCGGAGGAACCCGUCAAACCAAAGCAGCUUAGAAUCUGACUCCAAUUAUCCCUCCAUCUCCACAUCUGAGGUCGGAGACACAGAGGACACCCUCCAGCAGGUGGAGGAAAUUGGCCUGGAGAAGGCGGCCAUGGACAUGACUGUCUUCCUGAAGCUGCAGAAGAGGGUGCGAGAGCUGGAGCAGGAGAGGAAGAAGCUGCAGGUGCAGCUGGAGAAGAAAGAACAGCAGGAUGGCAAGAGAGUCCCGGCGGAACAACCAAACAAUGACUCAGAUUUGGACCAGGAUGCAGAUCUAGCCUACAACAGUCUGAAGAGGCAGGAGCUGGAGUCGGAGAACAAGAAGCUGAAGAAUGAGCUGAACGAGCUGCGGAAAGCCGUGGCCGACCAAGCCUCGGAGCACAGCCCCGCCGCCGCCGGCACCCCCGACAGCUACAGCCUCCUGCUGAACCAGCUCCGGCUGGCCAACGAGGAGCUGGAGGUGCGCAAGGAGGAGGUUCUCAUCCUGCGGACCCAGAUCGUGAGCGCCGACCAGCGCCGCCUGGCGGGCAAGGGCUCGGAGCCAAACAUCAAUGCCCGAACCAGUUGGCCGAACAGCGAGAAGCACGUGGAUCAGGAAGAUGCCAUCGAGGCCUAUCACGGGGUCUGCCAGACUAACAGGUUGCUGGAGGCCCAGCUGCAGACCCAGAGCCGCGAGCACGAGGAGGAGGUCGACAAUCUCAAGACCCAGCUGGAGGCCCUGAAGGAGGAGAUGGACAGGCAGCAGCAGACCUUCUGCCAGACCCUGCUGCUCUCCCCAGAGGCCCAGGUGGAGUUCGGCGUCCAGCAGGAGAUGUCCCGGCUCACCAACGAGAACCUGGACCUUAAAGAGCUGGUUGAGAAGCUGGAGAAGAACGAGAGAAAGCUCAAAAAGCAACUGAAGAUUUGCAUGAAGAAGGUCCAGGACCUGGAAGCUGCCCAAGCCUUGGCCCAGAGUGAGAGGAAGCGGCAUGAACUCAACAGGCAGGUCACCGUGCAGCGGAAGGAGAAGGACUUCCAGGGCAUGCUGGAGUACCACAAGGAGGAUGAGGCCCUGCUCAUUCGGAAUCUGGUGACAGAGUUGAAACCACAGGCGCUGGCGGGCGCGGUGCCCUGCCUCCCGGCCUACAUCCUCUACAUGUGCAUCCGGCACGCGGACUACGUGAACGAUGACCUCAAGGUGCACUCCCUGCUGACCUCCACCAUCAAUGGCAUCAAGAAGGUCCUCAAGAAGCACAAUGAGGACUUUGAGAUGACAUCGUUCUGGUUGUCCAAUACCUGCCGCCUCCUGCACUGCUUGAAGCAGUACAGUGGGGAUGAGGGCUUCAUGACUCAGAACACUGCAAAGCAGAAUGAGCACUGUCUUAAGAACUUCGACCUCACUGAAUACCGCCAGGUGCUGAGCGAUCUUUCCAUUCAGAUCUACCAGCAGCUCAUUAAAAUCGCCGAGGGUCUCUUGCAGCCUAUGAUAGUGUCGGCCAUGUUGGAGAACGAGAGCAUUCAGGGUCUGUCCGGGGUGAAGCCCACGGGCUACCGGAAGCGCACCUCCAGCAUGCCGGAAGGAGACAACUCGUACUGCCUGGAAGCCAUCAUCCGCCAGAUGAACUCCUUCCACACGGUCAUGUGCGACCAGGGCCUGGACCCCGAGAUCAUCCUGCAGGUGUUCAGACAGCUUUUCUACAUGAUCAACGCGGUGACGCUCAACAACCUGCUUCUGCGGAAGGACGUCUGCUCCUGGAGCACAGGCAUGCAGCUCAGGUACAACAUCAGUCAGCUGGAGGAGUGGCUUCGGGGAAGAAACCUGCACCAGAGCGGGGCUGUUGAGACCAUGGAGCCCCUGAUUCAGGCUGCCCAGCUCCUGCAGUUAAAGAAGAAAAGCCCUGAGGACGCUGAGGCCAUCUGCUCCCUGUGCACCGCACUCAGCACCCAGCAGAUUGUCAAAAUUUUGAACCUUUAUACCCCUCUGAAUGAAUUUGAAGAACGGGUAACAGUGGCCUUUAUACGAACAAUCCAGGCACAACUGCAAGAUCGGAAUGACCCUCAGCAGCUGCUAUUAGACUUCAAGCACAUGUUUCCCGUUUUGUUCCCAUUUAAUCCAUCUUCUCUGACCAUGGACUCAAUCCACAUCCCAGCAUGUCUCAAUCUGGAGUUCCUCAAUGAAGUCUGAAAAUGCACGUGCCAAAGCUCAAUUGCCAGUGAGAGCACGAAGGAAGUAUAUAGGACAGUAAAGUGAACUUAAGAAUCUGUUAAAAUCUAUAAAACUAGAUCAAAUCAGAGUUUGAGAGCCUGUGCAGAGUGAACUAUACAGAAUAAGAUACAUCUGUCAUUAUAUUUUGUACCUACUGCUCCGAAUAAAAACACUUGAAAUAUGGAA